CUGGUUUUGAUUCUCACUCUGCCUCUUGUCUGCUCUGUGUCCUGGGGCAAGUGUCUCAACCUCCCUGUGUUUCAGUUCAGUUUCUCAGCUUGUUGGGUAACAGCCUCGUCCUCAUCCGGAGGGUUCUUGGACCGAUAAAGACAGUCGUCAUGUGUAAGCAGGUAGAGCCCUGCCUGGUACCCGGUAAACACCUGAUAAACAGUGGCAGGAAAGUGGAGUGCUGGAGGCAGGCUGUUUAUUCAUUAGCCUGGGAGCCAGGAGGCCUGGUUUGAAGCCCCCUGUACCUCUGACUAUUUAGAGACCUUGGCAGGCUGUCUCAGGCUCUAAGCUGAGGUUUCUCAUCUGUGAAGUGGGGACCGAUGCCCCGGAUAGUUGCUGGGAGGGGCACUGACUCUGGUGGUUCUCCUGCUUGGGGCUUAUUGUUGAAAUCAGGAAACUCGGGUCUAAACAGCCCGAGUGAAAUCUCCAUUUGAUGAGCGUGUGUGGCAGCCACCUCCACUGCCCACAGACGCUGGGGCUCAGCUCUUCGUCUGUGGGGCCUCAGCCUCCACCCUCCCAUGUUCUCCCUGGUUUCCGGGAUCCCAUGGAAAUGGGUCAUCCGAUGAGUGGGGCUCGGGUCUUCAGAGCAAGUGCUAUGGGGUGGAGGGUGACACUUAGUCUGCAGGGACAUGGGGAAGGGACGGACCUCUCCCAGCCAGCCUGGGUCUGGGUGCUUUAGGGGACCAGGGUUUCUGACUCUUGUCCCAGAUUCAGCACCACCUCCCACCUCAUGUCCCUGCUCGGUUGGAAGUCUCAGGGCUGAGUGGCUCAGGCAUGCCUGAUGCCCCAGAAGAUUUGGGUCACAAGCAGGUAAAUAUUAACUCCACAAACCUAGCUCUGGAUGCAGACCUGUUUGGGCUGGCUGCCUGGGGGGCUGCAGGUUCUGAGCCCCCUGCCCAGCUGUUGCCCAGGGUGAGCAGGUGCCCUCCAGGGGAGAAAGGGUGCCUGCCUCAGGCCGGGUGAUGGACGGCAUUUAAUCACCUUCGCUGUCCGGUGGUCAGGGGCUGCUGUCUGUUGUUUAGCGGAGGAGGAGACCGAGGCGUGGAGAGGGCAGGAGGCCUGCUCAGGUCUGCACAGCUAACGGGGCGGACCUGGGGUUGAAACCUGGAGGGUCUCGCUGCAAAGCCCAUGCUCCCCGCCUUGGACUCCAGCAGCCUCCUCGCUGCUGUGAGGGCCACACCAGGAUGCUCCGUGUGUCACAGGUGCUGAGGUUUGCUUUCUGGCUCCUCUGAGCCUUGGUCUCAAAUUCCUCUUGCAGAGUGGGUGCAGGCUGGUUUGGGGUCCCUGGCAGGCAGGAUCGGGCUCAGGACACCCGAGAGCAAUGAGGCAGGGAGCUGGGGAGCGGGCCCUGCUUGUGAUGUGUGAGGCUCCCCUAGGGCCUGGGCUGGGGUUUGGGAGUAACCAGCUGGCCAACCGAGAAAGCCCGAGUUUGCAGACCACAGACGAGGCAUCAUGGAGACACGUAGGGCCUAGUCACAGUUUCUGUCCUCUGGGAGCUGACACAUGAGCAGGAAUGUGAACACAGGUUUGGGCACUUCAGGGCCUGGGUUUGAACCCUGCGUCGCAUUAGCUGUGGGAUCUUGGGCAGGCACCGUUGUCUGGCUCAGCCUGGGCGGCUCCCUUGGAAAGAGGAGUUAAACCCGUACUUCAUAGGGUCAGUGCAGGGAUGAAGUGACACAGCGCUCCCAGAGCUCCCAGGACAUGGCAGGUGCUCAGUGAGUUGACUUCCUUCCCAGGCCCACAGAUGACAGUCCUCAAAGGCUGAACUAGAAGGUCUGCAAGGCGAGCGGCUGGGACGGUGCUGAUCUGAGCUGGACUUUGUCUGAUGGCUUCCUCCAGUCCUCCUCCACAGGCUGCUACAGGAGAUCAGCUGGUUCCUGGAGGAGGCCUAGGCCCCUCCCCAGAGGCGGAGGACGACCCUGGAGAGCCCUUUGAUUUUGACGACAGUGACGAUGACGAGGACACCAGUGCUGGCCUGGGCAUGCCAGGCGUUGCUCCAGAGGACGCAGACGCCCCACUGAUCCAUUUGGACGCGGCCCCUGUCACGGACCCAGACCCAGCGGCCUCCCCGCCCCAGACACAGGUGCCGGCUGUGGUGAGCAAUGGAGAUGCUGUGGACACAGCUUUGUCCGGGGUCCGGCGCUCCAGCUGGAAGCGGAAGAGUUCCCGUCGAAUCGACCGGUUCACUUUCCCCGCCCUGGAUGAAGAUGUGAUUUAUGACGACGUCCCGUGUGAGAACCUGGAUGCCCGUCAGCCCGGGGCGGAGAGGAGCCUGCUGUACGAGGAUGUGCGCCAGGACGGGGCGCCCAGGGAGGCCGAGGACCUAGGCUGGAGCUCCAGCGAGUUUGAGAGCUACAGCGAGGACUCCGGGGAGGAGGCCAAGCCGGAGGCGGAGCCCGCCAGGCACCGAGUGUCCUUCCAGCCCAAGGUGAGCCGGCUCCACUCAGCCCCCAGGACCCCGGGCCAGGGCGGUUCCCGGCUCCUGGAGCCUGAGCAGGGCGAGUUGUCCUGGCCUUGCUGUGUCACCAACCUGUCUGACUUUCCAGGUGACUCGGAGGACGAGGACAUGGGGCUCCUGGAGGUCAGCGUCACGGACAUCAAGCCCCCAGCCCCGGAGCUGGGCCCCAUGCCCGAUGGCCUGAGCCCUCAGCAGGUGGUCCGGAGGCACAUCGAGGGCCCAUGCCUGGCCCGCCGAGUUCUCGUUGGCCUUGGCCGGCUCACCCCGCCCGCCCCGCAGGAUUACCGCAACCCGCUGGUGGAGAUGGAGCCCAAGGCGCUGAGCCUCCGCAAGUGCCAGGUGGUGUUCUUCCGCGUGAAGGAGAUCCUGCACUGCCACUCCAUGUUCCAGAUCGCCCUGUCCUCCCGCGUGGCCGAGUGGGACGCCUCCGAGAAGAUCGGGGACCUCUUCGUGGCUUCGUUCUCCAAGUCCAUGGUGCUCGACGUGUACAGCGACUACGUGAACAACUUCACCAACGCCAUGUCCAUCAUCAAGAAGGCCUGUCUCACCAAGCCCGCUUUCCUCGAGUUCCUCAAGCGGCGGCAGGUGUGUAGCCCCGACCGCGUCACGCUCUACGGGCUGAUGGUGAAGCCCAUCCAGAGGUUCCCGCAGUUCAUCCUCCUGCUUCAGGACAUGCUGAAGAACACCCCCAGGGGCCACCCGGACAGGCUCUCGCUGCAGCUGGCCCUCACGGAGCUGGAGACGCUGGCCGAGAAGCUCAAUGAGCAGAAGCGGCUCGCUGACCAGGUGGCCGAGAUCCAGCAGCUGACCAAGAGCGUCAGCGACCGCAGCAGCCUCAACAAGCUGUUGACCUCGGGCCAGAGGCAGCUGCUCCUCUGUGAGACGCUGACGGAGACGGUGUACGGUGACCGCGGGCAGCUGAUCAAGUCCAAGGAGCGCAGGGUCUUCCUGCUCAACGACAUGCUGGUCUGCGCCAACAUCAACUUCAAGCCUGCCAACCACAGGGGCCAGCUGGAGAUCAGCAGCCUGGUGCCCCUGGGGCCCAAGUACGUGGUGAAGUGGAACACGGCGCUGCCCCAGGUGCAGGUGGUGGAGGUGGGCCAGGAGGGCGGCUCCUACGACAAGGACAACGUGCUCAUCCAGCACGCCGGCGCCAAGAAGUCCUCUGCCUCGGGCCAGGCUCAGAGUAAGGUGUACUUCGGUCCCCCGCGACUCUUCCAGGAGCUGCAGGACCUGCAGAAGGACCUGGCCGUGGUGGAGCAGAUCACCCUCCUCAUCAGCACGCUGCACGGCACCUACCAGAACCUGAACAUGACCGUGGCUCAAGACUGGUGCCUGGCCCUGCAGAGGCUGAUGCGGGUGAAGGAGGAGGAGAUCCAAUCAGCCAACAAGUGCCGCCUCCGGCUCCUGCUUCCUGGGAAACCCGACAAGUCCGGCCGUCCGAUCAGCUUCAUGGUGGUCUUCAUCACCCCCAACCCCCUGAGCAAGAUCUCCUGGGUGAACAGGUUGCACCUGGCCAAGAUUGGACUCCGAGAGGAGAACCAGCCAGGCUGGCGAUGUCCGGACGAGGACAAGAAGAGCAAAGCCCCGUUCUGGUGCCCAACCCUGGCCUGCUGCAUCCCCGCCUUCUCCUCGCGGGGCCUCAGCCUGCAGCUUGGGGCUCUGGUCCACAGUCCUGUCAGCUCUCCCCUGCUGGGCUUCUCGGCGGUCAGCACCUCCCUUCCACAGGGCUACCUCUGGGUUGGGGGAGGUCAGGAGGGCGCAGGAGGCCAGGUCGAGAUCUUUUCCCUGAACCGGCCUUCACCCCGCACGGUCAAGUCCUUCCCGCUGGCGGCCCCCGUGCUCUGCAUGGAGUACAUUCCUGAGCCGGAGGAGGGGGAGAAUGGAGAUGGAGACAAAGACGAGAGCCACACGGCUGCUGACCCCUCAGCUGCGGUGCAUCCGACCAUCUGCCUGGGGCUCCAGGAUGGCAGCAUCCUGAUCUACAGCAGCGUGGACACGGGCACCCAGUGCCUGGCGACCUGCAGGAGCCCAGGCCUGCAGCCCGUGCUCUGCCUGCGACACAGCCCCUUCCACCUGUUUGCCGGCCUGCAGGACGGGACCCUCGCCGCCUACCCUCGGACCAGCGGAGAUGUGCCCUGGGACCUGGAGAGCCCUCCCGUGUGCCUGACAGUGGGGCCAGGGCCCAUCCGCACCCUGCUGAGCCUGGAGGACGCCGUGUGGGCCAGCUGUGGGCCUCGGGUCACGGUCCUGGACGCCACCAGCUUGCAGACUCAGCAAAGCUUCGAGGCUCACCAGGAUGAGGCCGUGAGCGUGACGCACAUGGUGAAGGCAGGCAGCGGCGUCUGGAUGGCCUUCUCCUCCGGCUCCUCCAUCCGCCUCUUCCACACGGAGACGCUGGAGCACCUGCAAGAGAUCAACAUCGCCACCAGGACCACCUUCCUCCUGCCAGGUCUCUUUGCCUCCCGGAACCUCUGGUCCCUCUGUGGGACUGGAGGUGGCUCCGGGCUCCUGGUAAAUGCCAUCAGUGCGGGAAGGCACCACGCCCAGUUCUGGGGUGUGCCUGGCCGUGGCUACAGCAUCUUGGCCUGGACAUCCUACGGAGUGACCAGAGGAGCCGAGGGCCCCAGGGCCGAGGAGGACAAGCCGGACGGGCAGGCUCCUGAGCCAGCGCCCGCGCCCUCCAGCCACGUGGGCCGGGAGCUGACCCGCAAGAAGGGCAUUCUCCUGCAGUACCGGCUGCGCUCCACGGCCCACCUCCCCGGCCCGCUGCUCUCUGUGCGGGAACCCGCGCCCGCCGAUGGCUCCGCCCUGGAGCACAGCGAGGAGGACGGCUCCAUCUACGAGAUGGCCGACGACCCUGACGUCUGGGUGCGCAGUCGGCCCUGCGCCCGUGACGCCCACCGCAAGGAGAUCUGCUCCGUGGCCAUCAUCUCCGGCGGGCAGGGCUACCGGAACUUCGGCAGCGCCUCGGGUGUGGGCGGGAGGCCGGCCUCCUGUGGGGACAUGGACAGCACCCUCCUCAUUUGGCAGGUGCCGUUGUUGACGCUAUAGCCCCCACCCAGGGAGCACAGCUGCAGCCGUGUCCCGCUCUCAGCCUGCGUGGGAUCUUCAGCCAGCCAGGGCCCCGGGAAUGUGGGUGGAAUCGCCUUCCAGGGACCUGCCCAGGGCUGUGUGGAGGGGCCUGGGUCUCUAGUAACAACCCCAGGUAGACAGGCCUGAGACUCUAGUAACUACCCAGGUGGAGGGGCCUGGGUCUCUAGUAACUACCCAGGGGGACGGGCCUGGGUCUCUAAUAACUACCCAGGUGGAGGGGCCUGGGUCUCUAGUAACUAGCCAGGUGGAUGGACCUGAGUCUCUAGUAACUACCCAGGUGGAGGGGCCUGGGUCUGUAGUUACUACCCCAGGGGGAUGGGCCUGGGUCUCUAAUAACUACCCAGGUGGAGGGGCCUGGGUCUCUAGUAACAACCCCAGGUGGAGGGGCCUGGGUCUCUAGUAACAACUCCCAGGUGGAGGGCCUGGGUCUCUAGUAACUACCCAGGGGACGGGCCUG